UAAAGAUUUGGUAUCCUUCCAUUGGGUUUGCAUUUUAGAUUUUCUGUGCUAGUCCGGUAUUUGAUUCGUUAUUUGCGUUUGGAGAAUCUGAGACGAAGAAUAUACAAACAUUAACAAAAAAAACCAUUCAAAGCCUCAAAUAGUGGUAGACCUCAGAAAGAGAAAUGACUUGUGAAGCAGGUUAAAUUAUGCUACAACUCUUAAUGAGAUCAAUGGCUCGACUAGGUCAAAAUCUUCAUUUGAAGAAUUUGGUGUUUUUGGCCUUAAAUUUGAUCAUCAUGGCAGUUGAAGCCCAACUACUCACAGCAAGCAACAGAUAUCUUAGCGGUUCUACAAGAUCUCAGGGUGCUACACUGGCUAGUAAUGGAGGAAGCUUUAGCGUAGAAAAUUAUGGUGCAGUGGGUGAUGGAGAACACGACGAUACUGAGGCGUUUACUGGUGCUUGGAAUGGGGCUUGUAAAGCAUCCUCUGCAACUUUGCUUGUGCCAAGUGGCAAGACUUUUCUGGUUAACAAUCUAGAUUUCCAGGGACCAUGUCAGCCUGGCUUUACUUUUCAGGUCGAUGGAACGAUUGCUGCACCCGAAGAUCCCAGCAGCUGGAAAAGCAAUUAUGUGUGGUUGUUGUUCCAGCAUCUUCAACAAUUUACUCUGACAGGGAAGGGCACCAUUGACGGAAAAGGAAAUAAUUGGUGGGGAAAGCAGAAAAGUAGACCAGCGGCCAUACAAUUCAAUGAUGUGAAAGGGAGCACACUCAGUGGACUGAAGGUGACAGACAGUCCUCAAUUUCAUGUCACAUUGACAGAUUGUGAGAGUGUCCAGAUCGUGGGCAUUACAAUUCAGGCACCAGAAAGCAGCCCAAACACUGAUGGAAUUGAUACAUUCGUAUCCACAAACAUUGUCAUAAGAGAUUCCACUAUUGGAACAGGAGAUGACUGCGUGGGGAUAGGUGACGGGUCUUCAAAUAUAGAGAUCAGUGAUAUCACAUGCGGCCCAGGUCAUGGAAUAAGUAUUGGAAGUCUCGGAAGAGGAAAUGCGAAAGCAGAUGUCCAUUCGAUUCAUGUGGUCAACGCCAAAUUGACAUCAACAACGAAUGGAUUGAGAAUCAAGACAUGGCCGGGAGGUUCUGGUAUGGCAAGUGAUAUAACAUAUGAGAAUGUCCAGAUGGAAAAUGUGAGCAACCCAAUAAUAAUUAAUCAAUUCUACUGUGACACAGGUGACACUGAGUCUGCUUGCAAGGAUCAGGGUUCUGCUGUGAAAAUCAGUAAUGUAAAAUAUAAUAAUAUCAAGGGCACAUCAGCAACACAAGAGGGAAUCACAUUUUCAUGCAGCCAAAGCGGAUCUUGCACAGAUAUAACAUUGGAUGAUAUAGAUCUGGUACUUGAGUCAGGGGCGCAAGCCUCGUGUCAUGCCCAAUACGUACAGGGUCACAUUGUUGGAGAUGCAAUUCCUUCAGGCUGUCUAGGAAACAAUGCCAAAUGAUUAUACCACGGUUGUG